AUGAAGGAACUACCUCCUCCUGAACCACAAUUUGUUGGUAUGUGUGAGUUUCCGCCGCCAAAAUAUCCCCCACCACCACCAGCAUUCCCAUCAGGUGAGCCAUUAUGGUUUAAUCGAGUUCCAUUUCCACCUCCGAAUCCAAAUUUGCCUUUAAUUCCUCCUUCGCCUCCUGAAGUUUGUGUGGCUCCUCUCCCAUAG